AUGACCUCCAGCCUGAGGGCUAACCUACGUACUCAAAAGAGACUCGCAGCAUCUGUGUUGAGCUGUGGUAAGAGAAAGGUCUGGUUGGACCCUAACGAGACCACCGAGAUCGCCCAAGCCAACUCUAGACAGGCCAUCAGAAAAUUGUUCAGAAAUGGUACAAUUGUCAAGAAGCCAGUUACCGUCCACUCCAGAUCCCACGCCAGAGCUUUGGCUGAGUCCAGAAGAGGUGGAAGACACAUGGGUUACGGUAAGAGAAAGGGUACUGCUGAGGCUAGAAUGCCAUCUGAGGUUCUGUGGAUGAGAAGAUUGAGAGUCCUGAGACGUCUUCUUGCUAAAUACAGAGCUUCUGGAAAGAUUGACAGACAUCUUUACCACUCCUUGUACAAGUCUGCCAAGGGUAACACUUUCAAACACAAGAGAGCUUUGGUCGAGCACAUCAUCCAGGCUAAGGCUGAGGCUGCCAGAGAGAAGGCUUUGAAGGAGGAGGCCGAGGCUAGAAGAUUGAGAAACAGAGCCGCUAGAGAGAGAAGACAGCAAAGAAUCUCUGAGAAGAGAGAGGGUCUCGUCAAGGAGGAGUAA